AUGCGCAACAAACAACAACAACAACAAUAACAAGAAGAAGAAGAAGAAGUGAGCGUAAGAACGGAAACAGAAACUAAAUCAAUAUUGAAAAAACGCUUAGUCAUCGCCGGCGCAAACAUAUUAACGCUCUUGGUGUUUUUUUUUUUUUUUGGAAGUUUUUUUUUUGUUUACUUUUUUGUGCCUGGAAGAAUCCGGCGACGACCCAAAUCGCUCGGCGUUGCCCGCAGCAUUUACCUGACAUCAUCAUCAUCCCAGCAUAAUUAUCAACAUCAUCAUCAUCGUCGAGCAUUAUCAUCAUAAUUAUAAUCAGCAAGAACGUCGGCAUUUGCGGUUGACAUCUUUACGGGCUUCAUUCAGAGCAAAAACAAACAACAACAACAAUCUCAGCAGGGCCACGCGACAAUCUGAGCAGGCUGUGAUUGGGCUUCUGCGCCUGCAUAUAAUGCAACUGCGGCCAUGUGCCCGCUAAUUGGCAAGCUGCUAAAACGCAUGGACAACGGCUAAAGGCCACCUAGAGUGCGAAUAUCAAGAGUCAGUCAGCGAACAAGAGAGCGAGAGCGAGAGCGAGAGAGAGAGAACAAGUGAGAAUUAGCAUACUUAAGCGCCCAACUAUGAAGCGCCUUUAUCUGAGCAGCCUGCUCUGCCUGUGGCUGAGCUCGUUUGACGUCGGCUGUGAAACGCUGUAUGGCCUGCACACGGACGAGCUGGUGGCGGGCGAGGGGCAGCUGGUGGUGCCGCGGCGUGUGCACGCCGACGGCGCGUUCAUGACGCACAGCCUCCAAUAUGCCCAUCAGCGGGAUCAUCGACGGCAGCGUCGCAGCGUUGAGGCACAGCCGGAGCUGCAUUUACAGCUGCCGCUGCGCGACGAGACGCUGCAUCUGGAGCUGACACCGCACAGCUACUUUCUGGCGCCGCAGCUAAUUGUGGAGCGACAUCGUCGCGAUCUGCGCACACGUGCGCCGCCGCCGGCGCAUCAGCUCAAUUGCCAUUUUCAUGGCAAGGUGCGCGGCCAGCCCUCGGCCAACGUGGCCAUAUCCACCUGCUCCGGUCUGGUGGGCCACAUUAAGACGGCCAGCAAUGAGUAUUACAUAGAGCCCUCAAAGCAGCAUGCGGCGCAUCCAAUCAACGGGCAUCCGCACGUGGUCUUCCAGCGCUCCGCGGUGAAGCCCAAGCAAAAGGCGGAUCCGCACUGGCGUCACAAGCACAAGCGCAAGCGCAAGGAGCAGCACCACAAGGCUCAGCAGCGCGGCAAUCACAGCCAGAGCCAGAGCCAGAGCUCGAGUCCGGUUAGCAAUUGUGGCACACGGGAGCCGCGACGCCGCAUGGAGACGCGUCUGGAGUGGCAGGCGCGUGGCAAGUUUAAAAUACAAGGCGGUCGCAAGGUGCGACGCCAUCAUCAUCAUCAUCAGCUCCAGCAGCAGCAGCAUCUUUUCCAUCAUCAUCAUUAUCAGCACCAGCUGCAUCCUCAUCGGCGCCUGCAAAAGCAUCCGCACACGAAAUUCAAAUACGAUACACAGCCGGUGGCAACGCAUAUGGAGCGCAGCCGUCGCUCGAUCAGCAGUCCGCGGCACGUGGAGACACUCAUUGUGGCGGAUGCGACAAUGUCCGCGUUUCACAAGGACGUCGUCAGCUAUCUGCUGACCAUUAUGAAUAUGGUGUCCGCCCUGUACAAGGAUCCCAGCAUUGGCAAUGCCAUCGAGAUCGUUGUGGUGCGCAUCAUACAGCUGCAGGAGAACGAUACGGAACCGGAGCUGAAUCUCACGCAGAAUGCCCAAAAGAAUCUGGAUCGCUUUUGCAGCUGGCAGCACAAGCUGAACACGCACAACGAGAAGGAUCCGCAUCAUCACGAUGUCGCCAUACUGAUAACACGCAAAAAUAUUUGCGGCAACAAUUGCAUGACUUUGGGACUGGCCAAUGUGGGCGGCAUGUGCAAGCCGAAGCAAUCGUGCAGCGUCAACGAGGACAACGGCAUCAUGCUCUCCCACACGAUCACGCACGAACUGGGCCACAACUUCGGCAUGUUCCACGACACGGCCAAGAUAGGCUGCCAUCCGCGAGUGGGCUCCAUUGUGCACAUCAUGACGCCCACGUUUGGAGCGGAUACGCUGCAGGUUUGCUGGUCAAACUGCAGCCGGAAAUACAUAACCCAUUUCCUGGACCAGGGACUGGGCGAAUGCCUGAACGAUUCGCCGACUCCGCCGGAUGAGUACAACUAUCCGGAGGUGCUGCCGGGCGAGCGAUACAAUGCCAAGCGUCAGUGCCGCAUGCAGUUCAAUCUGACCACGGACAGCGAUGUGGGCGCCUGCUCCGCACCGCACGAGUUCUGCUCGACGCUGUGGUGUCGCGUGAACGGCGAGUGCGUAACCAAUAUGCGCCCAACGGCGCCGGGCACCGCCUGCGGCAAGAACAAAUGGUGCCAGAACGGCAAAUGUGUGCGCAUGGAGGAGCUAACGCCCAUACAUGGCGGCUGGGGCAAUUGGAGCGAUUGGAGCGAAUGCUCGCGCAGCUGCGGCGGCGGCGUUUCCAUACAGCAGCGCGAAUGCGACUCACCGGUGCCGGCCAAUGGCGGCGUCUUCUGCAUUGGGGAGCGCAAGCGCUACAAGAUCUGCCGCAAGAAGCCCUGUCCGGAGCACGAGCCCAGCUUCCGGGCGCAGCAGUGUGCACGCUACGACAAUGUCAGCUACCAGGGCGCCACCUACAAGUGGCUGCCCUUCUUCGACAAGAACAAUCCGUGCCGCCUGUUCUGCAGUGAUGUGGAUGACACGAUAAUCGCCAACUGGGGCGAAACUGUGCUCGACGGUACGCCCUGCACGCUGGGCACGAACAACAUGUGCAUCGAUGGCAUCUGCAAGAAAGUUGGUUGCGAUUGGAUCGUUGACUCGGACAUGCAGGACGAUCGUUGCGGUGUCUGCGGCGGUGCUGGUGAUCAAUGCAAGCCCAUAAAGGAGAUCUACAGUGAGCCCUUCAAUGUGAGCGACGGCGUCUAUGUACAGAUCGUUAACAUACCGGCACGAGCGCGUCGCAUACUGAUCAAGGAGUUGGCCAAUUCGCCGCACUUUCUGGCCAUCGGACGGGCGCAGGGCGAGAAGUUCUAUUUGAAUGGCGACAGUCUGAUCUCCAUGCCCGGCGAACUCGAGAUUGCCGGCGCCGAGAGCCUCUACGAUCGGCUGGACGAGCGGGAGACCAUCAAAAUACCUCAGCCCAUACAGCAUGCCAUCGCGCUCUAUGCAAUUGUGCGCAGCAAUGAGAGCAACACGGGCAUCUACUAUGAGUUCACGCUGCCCGCCUUCAAUGUGACCAGCGGACGGCAGCAUCAGUGGCGAUUGAGCAACUGGACCGCCUGCUCCGUCAGCUGCGGCGGCGGUGUGCAGCAUCGCGAGCCCAUCUGCCAGGAGAAUGGCAAGCUGCUCGGCGACACGCUACCCUGCUGGACGCACGCCAAGAACCGGCGACCCUUGAGGCAGACACGCGCCUGCGGCGAGCAGCAGUGCCCGGCGCACUGGUGGCCGGGUCCCUGGCAGUUCUGUCCGCUCACCUGCCGCCAGCCGGGCGCACCUAUGCCGCAGCGGCGUCGCUCCAUUGUCUGUCUCGAUCAGCAUGAUGUUGUUGUCGCGGAUGCCCAGUGCGGAUUACUGACCAGGCCGCCCGAAACCGAGCCCUGCGAGUCAACGCUGCCCGAGUGCCGGCUCAAGCAGUGAGCGAGCUUUAGGAACCGGAACCGGAACUGGAACUGGAACUGGAGUCGGAACUGGAACUGGAACUGGAACCGGUGGCGGCAACUAUUUAUUGCUAAUAAUUAAAUAGAAAGCUAAUUUAAGUGAGCUGCUUUUACAAACCCAGACAGUUUUACAUAUUUAUUUAACAAGUUCGAAUUAUACGUGUAGUUAUUGGAUAAGUCAUGUUAUCGAUUAAUAAUUAUCGAUUAAUAAUUUGCGUGUGCCCUGCAGGUGGCGCCACCUGGUGCUGCGCAAGAUAUCGAUCUAAGGCAAUUAGAGAUGUGCAAAUAGAAAUAUAUUUUCGAUAAAUCGAUUUCGCUUCAGUAUUUCAUAUUGCGAUAUUUUUCAUAGAACUUGCGAAGUUAACCUCAAUCUUAUGUUCGAUUUUUCAAAGGAAAAUUGUCCAAAAAUCGUGUUUAAAUUUUGUGAUUCAUAGAAAAUAUCGGAUUAUAUGGAAUGUCUCCAAUCAAAUUUAAAGAGAGUUUCCUUUGAGUGUCGACUUCUUAAGGAAGAAUUUUAAGUAUCAAGAGAUCUGUCCUCUAAUUGCACUUAAAUUUGACUUUCCAAAAUACAAUUUUCAAUACAAGUAUUUAACAUUAAAUAGAUUUUCAAAUCCUAGCUAACUUUGGGAAGCGCAUAUCAAAUGUUUAAAACGACAAUAAACUUUGUUUAUAUUUAGUUUAAAUAACUAAUGCAUGCAGGGCAUAACAUAAUGUACUUAAUACAAAUCAAAAAAGAGGAAAAAAAAUGUCAAAAAAAAAAGGAUUCUAGAAACUAAGCGCAGAGUUUAGGCAACAUUUGUUUAUAUGAUUUAUGUAGUAUUAUCUAUCAGCGCAUAUAUAUAUAUAUAUUGUAUAUUGAGAUAAGAACAGAAAAAAAAAAUAAAAAUACAAUAAUAAUACAGAAUUAAAAUAACAAGAGAUGAGUGUGAACUGGAA